UAUAGUUUAAUAAAUGCAAAGGUGAAGUCAAAGCUGAGAGAGUCCACUACUAUAUAUCACCAGAAGAAAGAAGAAGAAGUCAGAUUUCCAAAAGUCAGAAAUACAAAACUUCAGUAUUCCAAUUAAUAAGAUCGGAAUUAACACUGUCAAAAUGUUAAACAUGGCACGGAAGAUUAGGAGCCAGAAAGGGAAGGACAACAAGGAUUUACCAAAGCCAGCUUAUCUAAACAACUAUUUCGUAAACAAGAAGUCUCUUACUAACCCAAACUCAGUUCAAGGGACUCCUUUGAAGUAUAAUGUCCAUAUGGAUAAUAUCAACAUUGAUCCCGGAAACUUGCAUAAUUUUGUCGGAGUCAAGAGACCAAAAGUUCCUAGUAGUACAAGAAGUAGACGUCCAAGCAAAAGCAAGUUUAGUACCAAAAUUAUUAGACUUUCAAAUCCAAGGCCUGGCAGUGAUACUACUGAUGAUGACAAUAGCCCUCCUGCGUAUCUAAAUGGACCACUCACAAUGAGAGUAAGCACAGGGACGAAAUGCUUAUCGAAAGGAAUGGGUCUGCCCUUUCCGUCAAUUGCAGGCUCUAUUCCUGGCACAUCAAGUUCUAAAAGACCAGAAAGUAAAAUCUCUAUGAAUAGAUUCAAAAGUCUAAAUCAGCAACCAUACUGUCGAAAGUUUCUCAAGACUAGGAUAAAUAGCAAACUUGACAAAUUUGGGCUUGAUAAGGAUGAGAUCGACAAAGAUGUCAUGGAAAACUUUAUGAAUAAAAUGGUUGACACCUUCUUCCUUAUGGACAAAAAGAAAAGAAAAAAGUUAAAGAAAGAUAUCAUGAAGACAUAA